GUUUGUAUUUAUUUUGUAGAAAGGAAAGAAAAUUAGAGAGAAAACCGGGAAGCAGACGAAAAGACCAAAAUGUACAAAGGAAAAUAGCAUAUUCUCCUUUGUUUGAGUCAUCUCAUGAAACCAAUGCCGAGUACCAAGCAUACGAUUUAGGCUGUACCCGGCAUAAACUAUCGUACUGUCAAAAUCCCCCAACUCCAGAAAAAAAAGCUUCACAAAUCUGCGAUAAACUGAAUCAAAAAGCCACCGUCUUAUAGAUCCCCUCGCGUUUGAUUUCGCCUCCGCCAUUUCUCCCCUCCAUAUUCAUCAAUAUCGCCGCUUCAACGGGUCACCGAAGGUUUGUGAAAACCUAUAAUCAUGGAGGGUGUUGGAGGUGAUAGUGUAUCUGGUGCAGCCGCAUCGCUGAAUCAGCGGAGUCAUGAAGUGUGGAAGCUUUUCCAAUAUUACCUAGAUAAGACAACUCCCCAUGCAGUUUACAGAUGGAUUGGAACUUCGGUCUUAUUGUUUCUCUAUGCGCUGCGGGUUUACUAUGUCCAGGGUUUUUAUAUUGUAACCUAUGGAUUGGGGAUCUACAUCCUCAAUUUGCUUAUAGGAUUUUUAUCCCCUCUUGUUGACCCUGAAAUGGAACCAUCCGACGGACCUCUGUUGCCGACAAAGGGUUCUGAUGAGUUCAAGCCUUUCAUCCGUCGUCUUCCGGAGUUCAAGUUCUGGUAUGCCAUCACCAAGGCCUUUUGUGUGGCAUUUUUAAUGACCUUCUUCUCUAUCUUUGAUGUCCCCGUCUUUUGGCCAAUAUUACUAUGUUACUGGAUUGUGCUCUUUGUCCUUACAAUGAAGCGCCAAAUCAUGCACAUGAUUAAAUACAAAUACAUUCCAUUCAAUCUGGGGAAGAAGAAAUACUCUGGAAAGAAGCCUUCUGUAAGUGGCAGUAGCCCUAGGGCAGACUAAGAUAGAGAAGGAUGUGAAGAAAGAAAUCCACCAGGCAAAAGUUAAAAGAAGAAAAAGGAAUGGCAAGAAAAUGUGGGGGAAGUGGCUAUUGAUAUUCUUACUAGAUGGGACUUGUAUUUACAUUUAAAUGGAACUUGAAUCUGAAAAGUGUAGAUUUAAUUUCUGCUCAGUUACUUGAUGAUAUAGCAUGUUUUUUCUUCCCGCCCUGUUGAAAUCUUUUUUUUGAUGCCAUUCCUCUGGUUUCAUUCAUCUGAUCAAGUGGGUUUACUUACAGAACGGUGAUGUAUCAUUUAUUUUAUUUUAUUCCUAGUUCUUUAGACUUGAGGUAGACUAGACACUAAAGGUUCAUAAAAACUGUUUAUCGACACUAUGGUUUAACCUUUCCAUGUAGCAUUCUUGAUGGAUGUUGGGCAUUUCAUGGUCUAUGCCUCAUUGAGGACUUCAAUUUUUCCCUUCAUUUUUUUUUCUUUUUUUUUUUUUUGGGUUUUCAGAUGAAAUGAAUCUCUUCUUCACAGGUAAUAUCAUAUUCUGUGGAUGCUUUAUAAUCAGUGAUUUUCAGGCUUCAAAUAAGUUUCUUAUGUAUGAAAAUAGUCCCUUUUUCCGUUAAAAAAGAAAAGCAAAACUGUACUCUAAACAGUAAGAAAGAAAAUGUUUUUGGCAGUCUUUCUUGUUACAGAAUCCACAAAAUCCUGACAGACUUAUGUGAAAUGGUGAGUAGAAUUUUUUGCUAAAUGAAUCUAUUAGAUGACCAAUUUAUAAUAAUACCGGUACAUAUGUGGACCUUCUAACAAAUUUACGAUCUCUAAUAUUGAGCAAAAAGAUGUUUGGAAAUUGUAAGUGAAUGCAUUGUAAAUUUUACUGGAAAUUGCAAUGGUUUUUCAGCCUUUCUUU